GAGUUUCGACGCUCGUUUCCACUGCACUUACCGGAUUGGUUGAUCCAUCUGCAAUCAUGGCCAAGGUGGACCAAAAGGCCGUCCUCAUCGUCAUCGACGGCUGGGGCGUUGCGACUGAAAAGUCGCGCAAAGAUGGCGAUGCCAUUCUUGCGGCCGAUACUCCUACCAUGGACGAGUUUGCGCGAGAGGGCUCGUCGACUGCCCAGGGAUACACCGAACUGGAGGCUUCGUCCCUUGCAGUCGGUCUUCCCGAAGGCCUCAUGGGCAACAGCGAAGUCGGCCACUUGAACAUUGGCGCGGGGCGUGUUGUAUGGCAAGACUCCGUUCGUAUUGGCCAGACGAUCAAGAACAACAAGCUCAAGGACGUGGAGAACAUUAAGAAGUCGUUCCAGCGUGCCAUUGACGGAAACGGAAGACUGCACUUUUGCGGUCUUGUUUCAGACGGUGGUGUGCACUCGCACAUGGACCAUCUGAUUGCGCUCCUCAAGGUUGCAAAGGAGCAGGGCGUUCCAGAGGCAUACAUCCACUUCUUCGGAGAUGGCCGAGACACGGACCCCAAGUCGGCUGUUGGAUACAUGGAGACUCUGCUCAAGGCGACCAAGGAGAUUGGUCUCGGUGAGAUUGGAACAGUGGUCGGCCGUUACUACAUCAUGGACCGUGACAAGCGAUGGGACCGUGUUGAGUUGGGUAUGAAGGGCCUGGUGACCGGAGAGGGCGAAGACAGCAGCGAUCCCGUUGCAACCAUCAAGGAGCGAUACGAAAAGGGCGAGAACGACGAGUUUUUGAAGCCCAUCAUUGUGGGAGGAAAGGAGCGGAGAAUACAAGACAACGACACCGUCUUCUUUUUCAACUACCGCUCCGACCGUGUGCGUGAGAUUACGCAGCUGCUGGGCGAUGUCGACCGCUCGCCCAAGCCCGACUUCCCGUACCCCAAGAACAUCCAUCUUACUACCAUGACAUCAUACAACCCCAAAUACACAUUCAACAUUGCCUUUGAGCCUCAGCGUAUGACUGAUGUUCUUGCCGAGACACUGGGAAAGCAGGGCGUGAAGCAGUGCCACGUUGCCGAGACUGAGAAAUACGCUCACGUCACCUUCUUCUUCAACGGUGGUGUAGAGAAGCAGUUUGAGAAUGAGGAGCGCGAGAUGGUCCCAUCGCCCAAGGUGGCUACCUACGAUUUGGAGCCCAAGAUGAGCGCCAUGGCGGUGGCCGACAAGCUCUGCGAGCGCAUCCAAACAGGCAAGUUUGAGUUCCUCAUGAACAACUUUGCACCACCAGACAUGGUUGGCCACACGGGCGUCUACAACGCGGCCAUUGAAGCAUGCACGGAGACGGACAAGGCUAUCAAGAAGGUGUACGACCAGUGCAAAGAGAGCGGAUACGUCUUGUUUGUUACCGCUGACCACGGUAACGCGGAAGAAAUGCUCACUGAAGAGGGCACUCCCAAGACUUCGCACACGACGAACAAGGUUCCCUUUGUCAUGGCCAACGCCCCUCAAGGCUGGAGCCUGAAGAAGAAGGACGGCGUGCUAGGCGACGUCGCCCCUACUGUGCUUGCAGUCAUGGGUCUUCAGCAGCCUGAGGACAUGGACUGCCACAGCCUGCUCAUCAAGGCCUAAGGCAUCGAGGAUGACUUUUAUUCUCUGCCUGAUCAUGGCAUCUCGCUUCUUGUUUAGUUGUACACACAUCUGAGACGAUUACGCUUAUGAUAAGACAUAAGACUUAGAUCAACGACAAUAGAAAUUUGGCCGUCCUACAGCCGUGGCUUGCAUAGCGAUAUCGUCUGUUGGUACGCUACAGUACUCUCGGUGCAGGGUCGCUAGUCUGUCUUGGCAAAGACCAGGGUCAAGUGACUGGCGGGGGAUCGUGUGGACCCCUCC